AUGCAACAUUGGCCGACAGAGUCUUCAGAAACGCAACAUCAACAAGACAACCCCUCGGACACCACUACCUCAGUUCAGCAUGGCUUUUGUUCGCGUCAGCAGCCCAACGGCGUCGCUGUCCUUCGUUGCGAGGAGACAGCCAGCGCAUCCCCAAGAUCUAUUCCAGAUGGAGGGCGCCGUGACUCAUCUGACGCCGUCAGCGCCGCCCAGCUCGACGAGAAGCUUCGUCGGCUGAGUGUUGACGAUUCGGCCUCUGCCGAAGGUCACUCAGCCGUCGCUGGUCAGCGAGUGAUUGAUUACGAAAAUGCGCAAACUCCGUCGACCCCUCGUCAAGCCUUGGGCUUCAAGGUCAUCAAGCGAUCAGAUAAUCGACCCGAUAGCGUGCAGUUGACAGACUUCCCAAAUGAGCUUCUGACCCAUGUUCUAUCUCACCUACAUCCUGAUUCGCACUCGGCGAUAGCUCUCGUGUCAAAGCGUUUUUACUCGCUUGUCACGACGCCCCAUGCGUGGCGAAUGGCCUUUCUUCGAUUCUUCCCGGGUCACGAUAGUCUGGCCACAAAGUCUGACGAGCAGAGUCGCGCAGGGCCCUUGGACCAUGACUCUUUCGAAUUCGUCCGCUCAGAGUCUCGCUACUUUUCUCGCUUGACUUCUCUUGCGACGUGGAGAAGCGAAUACCUACUACGGACCCGUCUUCUGCGGGGCCUCAUCAGAGGAAAACCAGGCACAAAGCCUGGCGGCAUUGGGGCAACUGGCCGAAGCAGCAAGAAGACAAGCGCUGUCUUGACCUAUAACUCGAAGCUGCCCUGGGCCGUGACACAUAUCCACGCCGACUUCACUGUCAAGAAGGCUCCUAGGGUUAUUCACGGCGCUGCCGACCUCGGUGCCGCGACCUUGAGUGACUCUUUCAUUGGCAAGGUGGAAAAAUGGGGAUUCAGAGACCCUUUCACUAUUCUACAGCUAGACGAGGUGUUCCCCAAUCUUGAGCCAUACGGUGUCGGCGAUGGACCCGCCGCGUGCCCGAACGUCAUGGAUGUCAGCCAGCCCUAUGGCAUGCUCUCCGGCGAAGGCUUUCCCGGCGGCCGUGCUUACUACCGCCCGAUCAAUGAAAUGCAUGGCCGGUAUCUUGGUAGCGACACUGGCGUGAUCGACACCUACCCCGAUAUUCCUAAGAUCCCUGAAUUAUCAGAAGCGAUCUCUGCUGUUUGGGUUGCCAAAUCCACUGCUGUACCCAACAUCACGCACUCCACGGUCGGUAUUAUUACCGGCUCUACCCUCGGAAUCGUCACUACGUAUGCGCUUCACGGAGACGGCAGUGGUCCGCGGCAUCCCAAUGGUGAGAUGACAGCGCGAUGGGUGCUCAGCCCCGGUGUUCCGAUCGUCUCAAUCAAAGUCGACGAUCAGUAUACUCAGAAGCGCAAGACUGCCCAGCGCGUCUGGGCCGUGGCGCUUAACGCGUUGGGGGAGGUAUUCUACCUGGUCGAUGUGCCGAAGACGAGCUUGGAGCGAUCUAAAGGCGAAGAUGUCACCAAGAACGCAUGGUUUGCUGGACGCUCAGUCUAUUGGCGGCUUAUCGAUGACUCCCGUCGCCAAGCUCGGCCCGAUGAGUUCGACAAGCAUGCUCUCCGAGGUGCUUAUUCUCCUCGAUCUCCCGCAGACGCGAUGAAUCUGAGCAAAGAGCAGCUUGUUGCCGAAGCCCGCGAGAUCGAAAAGUUCCUCCGUUACAAGCCGUCGCAUUUCCGCAAGGUCUGCGAUGGCUGGGAUAUGCGGAGAAGACUGGAGGUCGAUUUCGCAAAUGAUGACGCCGAGUGUGCCGGGGAGGUCAUCGUCUCUAUUGACUGCGGGCUCGAUGAGGCACACCCCCCAAGCGUCACCCGCUAUGUCCGAGCCAUGUUCCAGACGCCGCGACAGACUGAAAUCAGCGCGGAUGAUGCUUCUGCCGUCCAGCAGGAUAUCCCACAAGUGCAGCAGUCAAUAUUUGGACCGGGAAGAGAUUACAAGCAGGAGUCUCAGUCCAAGCCCACCAAGACUGCGGCAAAGGGCGAUAAUACGCCCACUUCGUCCGGCUCCUUGACACCCCAGGCAAAGCUCAAUUCCAUGGAUGAAUGGGCCGCUGCUACAAUGUCACUUGGCAAUCAUGGAGACUCGGAAAUCACUACGUCGGCUCUUGAUCUGUCGUCACACGCACUUCUCACACUGACAGAAGACCCUCUGCAAUUUGGGUACAGAUCUGCUGCCACUCCUACGAUGACACCACAGACGGCCGAAUCGAUGACAGAAAUUCCUGGUCGACGAACUCGAAUGCUAGCCGUGGGCACCAAGGACGGGGCUGUCGUUGUUUGGAAUUGUCGCGAGCAACGCAGUAUAUCCGUUAUCUCCCCUCUUCGCAUCAUUCAAACAGAGUCCCCCGAGAUCAGUUGCUUGGCCUUGACGGCUUUAUACCUGGUGUACGGCGGAAAUGAUGGCUUAGUGCAAGCAUGGGACCCGCUAGCAUCUUCGCUCGAGCCUCUGCGUACCCUCAAUGGACGUUCAAACGGACGAGUACCUCGUCAUAUGAUGACGAUGAACCCCGCGCUUCCCAUCGACACAUAUUCGGCUGCUCGGGCCAUCUACCUCGACCCUGAUCCUACUGUGUUGCGUGGUAUCACAUCUUUCGGUGCCUUCCUGCGUUACUGGUCUUAUAGCGCCACUCACCAGCCGCCUGGUCGUAAACGUCGGCUUCGACAUGCUGAUGUCCACGGCCGUCUUGCUACUAGGCGCCAGGGUGGGAAUGUUUCAGGCUACAUUGCCGCUGAGACUGCAGAGCUUCGAAGAGAGGAGGAGCAGGACAUCAAGGAAGAAGCCUGGUUGCGCAACAGGUUUGGCGUUGGCGCCUUUGGUGACUUGACCGAGGAGGAGGCUCUCCAGUAUGCCGAGAUGAUCUCUCAAGAAACACUCCUACUCGAGGAGCAGCGUCGUACUAGCGCCAGCGACACUGGUUCUGCUGCCGAUGCUGGCUUCGACACGGUAUCGUCCUUCAGCGAAAGUACUGUGGACACAGUCACACCAGAGCCCAGUAUUACUGGCUUCACCCCGCCGCCUCCCGUCGUCGAGGAAGAAGACGAGUACGAACAGCAACUUCAGCAAGCUCUACGACUUUCUCUGAUGGAGGCCACCGAUGAUAUUGCCCAGUCUCCCCGCAAGAACAGCUCCAGUGAUUUCGAAUUUGCCAUUAAGUACAAGUCCAAACCGGCGAAGAAGACAACAAAACGAACACCCUCCAUGUCUCCCCCAGCAAGCUACAAGCCAGUCGCAGGAGCCAAAGCCAAAGCAGGCUCUUCCAGCAAGGCCACGCCUAGAGACGAUGAUCUUGAGUCGGCUCUCUUGCUCAGUAGUGCUGGAUCGACCAGCCACCCUGCGCCACGAGACGACGAUUUGGAGCUGGCUUUGCAGCUGAGCCUGCAGGAAAAUGGUGCCCGCGAUAUCUCGGGCCUGGGUAUUCAGCAGGAGCAAGAGGAGUUUCCGAUGCUGGAGACUCGGGGCAAGGGCAAGGGCAAAAUGUAA